UUCUGAUCACUUAAAGCAAAUGACUAAACAACCAGUCCACUAGUGGACAGAUUGUUGUAGCUAUAUGGUAUGUACUGCAUUAUGGUAAGAAAGAGGGUUUUUUCUGUAAUACUGUUGGCUCUAUUAUGUGGUUUUAGUGUGCUGUAUUCUGUAAGACUGUUCAUGUUUUACUUGCAUCCACUAACACCAGCCACAAUCAGUUGGGGAGAAAGUAUUGAGAUCUUUUAUUCAAGUAAAACUGUCAAUACCACACUGAAAAUACUCCAUUGGAAGUAAAAUGUUAGCAUUAUUGGCAAAAUGUACUAUACUUUGUAGUAUACUUGUAGUUGUAGUAUACUUUAUAUCAUAGCAUUAUCCUCCUGUGAGAACUAUGGAUCUCAACUUUCAUGGGCUCAGAAAAACAGUCUGUUUUCAGUUUUGUAAUCCAUCGUACAGUUAAUCCAAGACUGUUUUUCAAUUGUUUAACUAGCCCAAGAACAUUUUCAAACAGAUCAACAAACACAUCAUACUUAAGUUUAUCAGGAAAAAUUGAAAAUGAUCACGUUUAGGUACAUGGUUUUCACUGGACAGCAAGAACAUGAAACAUUAUAACCUGAAAAGUAACUAGUGACGAAAACUGUCAGAUAAAUGUGGUGGAGUCAAAAGUACAGUAUUUGGCCCCUGAUUCAUGUACUGAGCAGCUGCUGUUUAGUAGGUACCUUCCUCUUGCUGUACUGCACAGGCAAGUAGGGGAAAGUGUGUGUAUGGAUAUAAGGCAAUGGCUAUAUGUACAGGCCCCUCAUCAAGAGGUGUGGGCUGUGUCUGACAAGAGAAAGCAAAGAAAGCAAGGACAGAGGAGGAGAAAACAGAUCAGAAAUAAUCUGACGCAACCCAGUAGCCCUGACAUGUCCUCACUCCACCCUUGAUGCCCUCUAUAAGUAAAGCUUUGCUUUGGAAAUGUAACUUCACCUCUUUCUAAAUUUUGCUUAUGUGCUUUCAAAGUACAUCAAACCUCCUGUAAACUCAGAAGUGCUUCAAAAACAUUCCCCUUCAGGUUCCUGACCUUUGUUCUUGCAAACUCUUGGUCCACGUACAAUAUCUGUAGUAGUUGUCCAUUGAGCCUGUCUGUCUUUGCAGGCUGCACUCCACAGUGGUUGACCACCAUGGCUCUGAACAUCCCUGGUGUGGUUGCGGUGGUGCUGUUCUACAUGCUGAUUCUGGGUACAGGAGUAUGGGCCGCCAGAAAGUCCCGGAAGGCUGAGAGAAAGGGCCAGGGAGACAGGACUGAAGUGGUGCUCCUUGGAGACAGGAAUAUCAGCUUGCUGGUUGGGAUUUUCACCAUGACUGCUACGUGGGUCGGGGGUGGAUUUAUCCUGGGUGUUGCUGAGGCGGUUUACACUCCUAAAAUGGGCUUAGUAUGGGCUCUCAUGCCUAUACAAUACUCAGUGUCCUUCAUAAUAGGUGGUCUAUUCUUUGCCAAGCCAAUGAGAGAUAAAAAGUAUGUCACCAUGAUGGACCCAUUCCAGAUAAAGUAUGGCAAUGUGCUGAGUGGUGCUCUAGUGCUGCCCUCUCUGCUGGUGGAUGUGCUGUGGGUGUCCUGCACCCUGCUUGGCUUAGGAGCCACUAUGAGUGUGAUACUGGACUUACCCUAUGCCUAUUCCGUUUGGAUCUCAUCAGCUGUUGCCAUUAUCUAUACUUUGUUGGGAGGUCUUUAUUCAGUGGCCUAUACUGACGUCAUCCAGCUCUCAUUAACGUUCCUCAGUUUGUGGUUGUGUAUCCCCUUCAUACUGCUCAACGACGCAUCUGCAAACAUUACCCAGACUGCUUUUAACAACACGUUCCAAGAACCCUGGAUUGGCACUCUGGACCAGUACAACGUCUGGAAGUGGAUUGAUGACUUCUUAAUGCUUGGUCUUGGUAGUGUUUCAUUUCAGAGCUUCCACCAGAGGACGCUGUCUGCCUCCUCACCACUAACAGCCCAGUUAACCUGCUAUGCUGCUGCUGUUGUCAUUGCCAUACUGGGAAUCCCUCCUGUACUGGUUGGUGCUGUCGCUGCUUCCACAGACUGGAACUUAACACUGUAUGGCUCUCCAUCGCCAUAUGAACGUGGGGAGCACACCUUUGUCCUCCCUCUGGUCCUGCAAAACCUCACUCCAUCUUACAUCUCAAUCAUUGGAAUUGGAGCUGUGGCUGCUGCUGUUAUGUCAUCCACCGACUCUGGCCUGUUGUCUGCAACUUCUGUUUUCUCUUCAAACAUCUACAAGAACAUCCUGCGUAAACAGGCAUCAGACAAUGAAAUGCAAUGGGUAAUUCAGGUCACGGUGGUGGUGGUGGGCCUGGUUGGGACAUCCAUAACGUUCUACACCAACAGCACCCUGAUCCUCUGGAUUCUUGGAGCAGACGUCUCAUACACCCUUACGUUCCCCCAUCUGGUCUCCGUGCUCUUCUUUAAAGUGACUAAUGGUUAUGGUGCCCUGGUGGGUUACAUCAUAGGGCUGACUAUAAGGAUUUUGUUGGGAGAAAACACUUUAGGCCUUCCUGUUGUUCUCCAUCUUCCUGGCUGUACACUGGAAGAUGGUGUCUAUGUCCAAAAGUCCCCCAUCAGGACAAUCUCCAUGGUCUGCACUUUGGUAACCAUCUUGGUUUUUUCCUCACUGGCUUUGUUCAUGUUCAACCACGGCCUGUUGCCCGAGAGGUGGGACGUUUUCAAAGUAAAAGAUAAUGUUACUGUAUCGCCUGCGGAUGCCAUCACACAGAAAGAAGAAGCUGGAAGUGAUGCUGAGUGUGAUGAGAACGGAGAGGCAGUUGCCUUGCAGCCAGUGUUGCAGGCUAAUGGAUCGUAACCAUUUCCCUUUCCCUUUUGUUAAACUUGCAAGCCUAAAUUUUAUUAUGAUCUUAGUAAAUGUGUAUAUCAAGAGAAGUUGCAAGUUGUAUUUGCCCUUUAUUUUAAGCUCUUACUUUCUUUUCUGUGGUAAACACAAAAUGACUCAAAUAAUCUGACUAAAUACAAAAAGGUAUUAUUCUUUAAAGAGCUAAUAACUGGCUAAAUGAAUGAACAAUAUAGUAUGAGAAUACAAUAAAAUCAGAGUAGGUUCCGCAGGUGGUAUCUACAGAUGCCGAUAGUUUCCAUUUUGUUUGCUGAGAUGUGAGUUACAAUGGAGAGGAAGUGUUUUAUUUGUGCUCUUGACAUAGUAGAACCAGCCUCUGUUUCUGGGCAAUUCAUUUUGAACAGUUUAAUGAGAAGCACAGCAGAAUCAGUUCUCUCUUUUUUAAAUGUUAAUUUCCCUUUG